AAUAAAAUAAAAUAAAGCCCAAUUUGGUUGGUUUGUAUAUUCUUCUAAUUGGACUUAAAGACUCGUCCCAUUUAUAUGUUGGACGGACCUGACCCAUUUAUAGCUGGGGGCGGGUUGAACACCUCUAAUUGUGAUAAAGGAAAACAAAAAAACAAAUGAAGCGCCUUCUGAUACUUGUAUGAGUUGUAUUAUCCUCCAUUGAAGCAGCUACUGAGGUUGAAUUAAAUUUGAUUGAGAAAGGGUGUUGAUGAUGCUUAGAAUUGUUCUUUGAGCUUCAUCAUCACACUGUAGAGUGCACUGCUAAUUUUGUUGUGUUGGGUUGAUGAAUGUUAGUGUGAUAACAUGGAUUCUGGUUUUUUGAGGUCUAGAUUACAUCAACCCCUACCCGCUGUUCAAAUUUUCACGCACAAGUUAAUUCGAAACAUAAAACGCGUAAACUUGUCCAAGGUAUAUGCCAAGGUGCAUUUUGAUUCAGCAAUUCACCUUAGAAAACCUCCUAAAUAUCUACGUUAUCCACGACGUACCAAGCUUCCUCCUGAUUUUGGGAUUGAUACAUUCAUAAAAUCAGGGAAUGAGGUUGAGGAACACCUUGAAAUGGAUGCUCAAAUUGAGUGGAGUUCUGAUGAUCAUGUUGAAAGGGUUGCUUUCAGUGAUGACGAGAAUGAUGAAGACAAAGAUGAGGAUGAACGUGAUGUUUGUGAAGCUGAUGAAAUUGAGGCAAUAUCAGCUCUAUUUCAAGGAAGAAUACCUCAAAAACCCGGGAAGUUGAAUAGGAGAAGGCCACUUCCACUACCUCUUCCACAUAAAAUCCGACCAUUGGGACUCCCAACGACAAAGAAGCAUGUCAGGUCCUCUUCACCAGCAGCACUCUCCAGAAUAUCGAUAUCAAAGCAAGUCUACAAGGAUCCCGUUUUCUUACUCAAUUUGGCAAGAGAAAUUAGAAACCUUCCUGAAGAGGCAGAUGUUUCCUGUGCUCUCAACAAAUGGGGUAGAUUUCUGCGUAAGGGGUCUUUGUCUUUGACCAUCCGGGAAUUGGGUCACAUGGGUUUUCCUGACCGAGCACUGCAGACAUUCUGUUGGGCACAGAAACAGACCCACCUUUUUCCAGAUGACCGGAUUUUGGCAAGUACUGUAGAAAUUUUGGCAAGGACCCAUGACCUUAAAUUACCCUUUGAUCUUGAUAAAUUUGUUAAUUUGGCUAGUCGUGGUGUUCUAGAAGCAAUUGCUAAGGGUUUUAUCAAGGGAGGAAGCUUGAAUCUGGCAUGGAAGCUUCUAUCUGCAGCUAGACGUGGUAAAAGAAUGUUGGACUCCAGCAUCUAUGUCAAGUUAUUAUCGGAGCUGGGGAAAAACCCUGAUAAAAAUAACCUUGUUGUAGUCUUACUGGAAGAGCUUGGGCAGCGAGACAAUCUGAACUUAAACCUGCAGGACUGCACUGCCAUUAUGAAAGUUUGUAUUAGGCUUGGGAACUUUGAUUAUGUAGAGUCCUUGUUUGACUGGUUUCAACAGAAUGGAAAUCAACCAAGUGUUGUUAUGUAUACUACUGUGAUUUAUAGUCGCUUGUUCGCUAUGAAGUAUAGGAAGGCAUUGGCUGUAGUUUGGGAAAUGGAGCGCAUAAAUUGUCACUUUGACUUGCCAGCAUAUAGGGUGGUGAUUAAGCUAUUUGUUGCUCUAAAUGACCUCCCAAGGGCAGUUAGAUAUUUUUCUAAGAUUAAGGAGGCAGGUUUUUCUCCAACUUAUGAUAUUUACCGGGACAUGAUCAGUAUGUACCUGCUCUCUGGGAGGUUUGCUAAGUGCAAGGAGGUAUGCAAGGAGUUAGAGUUGGCUGGAUACAAAUUGGAUGCUGAAUUGAGGUCCCAUUUGGUGCAACUUGAUGUAUAAAGCUUGUCAGGCCAUGUUAGCUGUAUGAGCUAGAUAUGGAAAGUGCUUUCCUGUAUUCAGCAACGAAAACUACCAGUGCAUUUCUUAGCUUCUGACCUUUGGCCAUGGAGAAUCCAGCCUGCCAUUUGUGAGGACAUGGAUUCCUGGUGGAACCUCUUGAAUUCUGGCAGAUUCCCCUUUUGGUCUGUUGGUUAUGUAAAUCAUGCUUUUCGAGAGAAGAUCAGCUACUAUCAGGUUGAAGCCGUUGUACUCGUGAGCCUCUUCUGCUACCAUCUCUGCAUAUUCUCUCGGACUUUGUUUACCCUGCAACAAUACCCUUAUAGAUGAACUGAUCUAUGACUACAUUAUUGUAUCAUACUAUCAUUAGAGGAAAGCGCAAAAUAUUUCAGAAGC